AUGUUUCAGAAUCAAUCAAAUACUCAACAAACUUUUGAGAAAUCAGAUGAUUUAUUACACUAUAUUGAAAAUAAUCCAUCAUUACGUGGAUUUAUUGAAGCAAAAUAUUUUAAUAUAUUUGAUUUAGAAUAUAAAUAUUAUAAAGCUGAAAAAGAAAUGAAUACUAUAAUCAAAUCAGCAAAAAGAGAUGCAGAUUAUUUAAAAACUGAAAUAGAACAAGAAAAUCAACCAAAUCUUGUUCUUAAUUUACAAAAAUCAAACAUUAAUUCAGUUUUAAUACAAGCACUAGAAUCGUUAGAAAAUGAAUCUGAUAAUUCAAGUGAAAGUAGCGAUAUAGAAAAAGAUCAAGAUUCUUUAUCUAUAACAAGUGAAACUUCUGAACUUCAAGAAAUUAUAGAUAUAAUGAUUACUAAAAGCAAAUUAGGCUCUAACUUGUUUGUUAGUACAAAUAUUUUUCUUGAAUUAAUUAUUAGUCAACCAUGUUCAGCAUGUUUCAAUACUGAUAUUGCAACCAAAAAAUAUCAAAUAACAGCUUGUGGAUUUUCUGUAAAGAUUAAUAUUACCUAUAAUAAAUGUUCUACAACAAUGUUUUAUAAAAAUGAAACAGCCGGAAUUGACUAUUCAAAGCUUGUUACUGGAGCAGCACACAAUAAACAUUUGUUGGAAGUUAGUUUUAAUAAUUCAUGGAGUUAUAUACGAGAAGCAUCACAAGCUAGUAGUAAAUUUAUCUAUAAUGGAAAUAUUGAAGAAACAAUUACGAUUAAUGAAGGAAAUUACAAUAAUAGUAGCAAACAAAUAGAACAUGCCAAUUUAAUUAGAUCUAUUGCAAAAAUUACACCUACACUUAUCAAAUACAAUAUAGUUCUUGGAGUUGCUGUAGAUGGAGAUUUAAAUAGUAAUAAAACACUAGCAGACCAACCAAUUGUAUCAAAAAUUUUUGCAGAUUUAAAACACAAG